AUGGACACAAGUAGUUUCAUUGAAUCGAUUCUGACGUUUUAUACAAAUCAAAACGAGGAAGAGGCAAAAAGUUUAAAAGCGAUCAGAAAAACAUUUGAAAAAGCAAAAAAGAAAGACGCACUUACAAUGGAUGUGGUAGAGACCAUUUACAACGACCUUAGCACACUUUUCAAACAUAAAAAAUGGACGGCAGAGAAUUCCGAAAUCAAUUUAUUGGGGUUGAAAAUGAAAGUCGAUGAAUCGCACGAGCGUUCCAAGCCCUCAAAGAAAAAGGGUGUGAAGCGGACUACCGCACCAGCAACUACCAAAGCAAAGAAAGUCGAUUCUAACGAUUCUGAAAGUUCAUCGGAGCAAUCUUCGUCAGACGACGAGUGUAAAACACUUUCUCACUCCACUUCGGAGCAGUCCGAGCAAUCAUCCGAAGAGAAGAGUGAAGCUGUUGACAGUGAAAUCACCAAAAAUUGUGUGAAGUCACUUUCGCGCAAUUUAGUUGAGUUCCCGUACGUGGAAACCUUUCUCACAAAAUUAUUUGAGUGGACCGACCUUUCAAAGGCGCGGAUAGUGUUUGACAGUGAGAAGGAUGCUUUUGAUACUUUUUCAAAUAAAGCCAAAAACAAGGCAAACAUCUGUUUCAUCUUUUUCGAUGACCAAAACAAUGUCUUUGGGGCGUUCAGUAAAUUCAUAUUAAAAACAGCAUACAACGUCGAUACCUUCCAUGAUCGGAAAGACACGUCACACUUCAUUUUUACUGUGUCCAAUGGCGACGAUGAAAAUAUCGUGAAAUACACCCCAUUCAAAGACUUCGCCAUGAGUGAGACUGACUCGAGCGACGACGAUGAUGACGCUUGUGUUCUCCCUGGAGCUUCUGUUCUUUUGUGGGAAGGUGACGACUUUGUCCUCUCGUUUGGAAACAUGAGUAAGGGAUAUGCCGACCUCUCACCCAUAGGAGGCGGUUUGUCCUAUUUUUCUAACCUCAAAGCAGUAUACAAAAAUGUGGAAAACACAAUGUUCGACAAAGAC